AUGAUAUAAAUUCGAAUGGAGAACCUACGACAGAUAAAGUAUUAGAUUCUUGUGGUGAUAAUGGUUGUACAGCUGAAGAAUAUAAUCCAAGUCUUCAUAUCACUUCAUUCUUUAUAAUUCUUAUAACAAGUUCAUUAGUUGGCAGUGAAGGGGGAAAGAUGAUGGGAAAUUUGACUUCGCCUAAACAUCCUGGUGAAAAACGUGGUCUCAUAAUUAUUUCGGCUGAAGAAGGGGGACUUUUUAAACCAAAACCAGCUAUAUUUUUGGUUGUCAGUAGAGCAAAUGAGGAUAAUACAUUCUCACCAGUUUAUGAAUCAGAUAUAGUUUCUUCUUCUAAUCCAUUCUGGCAAGAAUUUUACAAUGGUGUGAUAACAGAUAUGGAUUUAACAAUUCGUUCUAUAAUUAAUGCAAGUUCACUUCCACUUUCAAUUGUUAUUGUUGGUGUUGGUGACGCAGACUUGUCAUAUAUGGCUAGGCUUGGAGGUCCAUUAGUUUCGAAAUCUGAUGAAGCAUUAUCUGGAACAAUUGGGAGAAGCAUAGUACAAUUUAUAGCUAUGAAAGAUUAUCAAGCAGAAGCAGCUGGAUAUUCAUUGCCAAAAGUAUUACUAGAAGGAAUACCAGAUAAAUUUUUGGACUACAUGAAUAAAAACAGGAUUCCACCAAAAUCAAUAAACAAAGAAACAUAG